AUGUCUCACUCUUCCAAGCCUCGAUCCCAUCCUUGUGGCCUUUGCGACAAAUCUUUUGCCCAGAUAUCCAUGCUCACCAGACACCAGCAGCUGCACACCUCUCGCCUGGUUCUAUAUAAACGCACCCAUGCUGUGGAGAAGCCUCAUACCUGUCGGCUUUGCUCCAAGACCUUCAUCUCGUCGGCUCACCUUGCCUUGCACCUGCGCUUGCACAGCGGAGAGAGGAAGUACAAAUGCAGUACAUGUUCCAAAAUGUUCAUGCAAUCGUCCCAGCUUAUGCGCCACAAGACCAUCCACACUGGUGAGAAACCCUUCAAAUGCCCAGAUUGCAAUAAGUGCUUCGGCCGUGCCUCACACCUGAAAACCCACCGUAGGCUCCACACUGGUGAAAAACCCUUCAAAUGCACACAGUAUGAAAGGGCUUUUACACAAAAGGCCGGACUUAUUAUACACUUGCGCUUGCACACAGGUGAGCGCCCUUUUAAGUGUGAGAAAUGUGGCAAGGCCUUCUGCACGUCAGCCCACCUGCUUAACCAUCAGGCUCUAGAGCUGGGAGAGGGAAGAUACACCUGUGCCACGUGCAACAAGGGCUUCAGGUCUGUGUCCAUGCUAAAACAACACGAGAAAAGCCACCAGGGCAGCGGGAUGCUGUGUUGUAGCAUGUGCUCGGGGGCCUUCGCUCAUUCCUCCUAUCUGCAGCUCAAACUGCACUUGCAAACGGAGAGCAGCUUUUCCAUUGCAAGGUGUGCAACACAAUCUUUGUGA